AUGGAGCAAUCGGGAAAUAUUUACGAGCAUAAGAAGUUCAGCACCGCACAGAAACGCAAACGCAGUCAAGCAAGCGAUUCAUCAGCAACGGAUGACGACGUCAUCUUUGUGAUGGAGGCGCCCGCCACAACAGCAAAGCUUUUGGAUCAGCCGCCCGCUAAGCGUCGCCAGUCCACGGCCUUCUUUCGCCCUUGGCUGGAUCAGCCGAGCGCUGAAAUUGAUAGUCAACGCAAAUCCCUAUCGCCAAGUCCCAGCAAUUUGCCGCCAGCCCAGCCAUAUCAUGCCAAUAUGGUGCGCUCCCAUCCACCACGUCAGCGCAGUCCAAAGGAGCAGCAGCAUCGCGAUCGCAACACUCUGGCCAGCCUUCGCUACCGACGCAGCAAACAGGCCCAGGAGGCGGCCCUGGAGCGACAAUACACGCAGUACCGUUCCCAGCACGAACUCAUCCUGGAGCAGCAGAUGCGUCUCAGUCUCUAUUAUGUCCGCUAUCUGCAGCAAGUGGCGGCGACUGCGGCGCCACUCACCACCGAACAACAGCAGCAGCAGUGGCGGCAGCAAAUGGCCCAAGCCCAGACCCCAGUGCUGGCAUCCUUUCGACGAUAG